GGUAGGGGGACCUUAAACUUGGCAGAGAGGGAAAGCGAGAGCAUUGUUCCGAGGAGCAGAUAAGGAUUAGGGCAGCAAUGUUGUGAGUAUUCAUUGAUCGGCCGCAACUUCGGGAGAGAGGAAAGGCAUGGGACAGUCGGAAUCUUAUGUUGUUGCUAAUCAGUUUACUUUGGAGUCGGGGUCUGGAAGAGUUCUCUCUUCUUUUUGCUUCCUUUUUUCCCGAUUUUCUAGAGGGGAGAAUAGGAUUAACUAAGUCAGCCAAUUUUUUCGCUUGUCUGGAAGUGGUAUGAACUUUUCCCCUCUGUGUGCUUGCAAAUUCAUUUAGGCUUUAAAUCGUCCGAUGUCGACUGAGAGAAAACAUCUUUCUUAAAGGGAGAGCUUAACAGAGCAAAAACCUUGAAGGAUUCCAAUUCCAGAAACAUGACCUCUGGACUGUAUCCAGGACCUCUGCUGAUGCUGCUCUGUCUCCUCCACGUCUCUGAGGAGACCUGCCCCUCCAUUUGCCUUUGUAUAUCUGACACAGUGAGCUGUAGCUCCAGCGGUCUGGCCAAGCUCCCUCGGUCCCUGCCCUCUUUCUCCGUCACCCUCGACCUCAGCCACAACCAUCUGUCCUGGCUGGGUCCGGGCAGCUUCAAAAAAAUUCCUCGACUGGAGAACCUCCGAAUGGCCCACAAUCAGCUCACUGUCCUGGGCCACGGGGUGUUUCAAAACGCCUCCGGCCUCAGGCACAUUGACCUAUCCUCCAACAAGCUGCAUGUGGUGGAGCAGCACUACUUCGAGGGGCUGUGGAGGCUGGAGGAGCUCCUGCUCUUCAAUAAUAAAAUCACUCAGGUGGAGGCCGGCACACUGAGUGGCCUGAGCAGCUUAAAGAAGGUCUACUUCAGCGUAAACCAGAUCACACACUUCCCCUUCUUCUCCAUCCAAGACCACACUCAUCCCUUCCUGACCAUGCUGGACCUCUCGUCCAACCGAAUGAGCCGUUUGCCCUGGGAGGAUGUGAAAGCUUUGCCCGGGCUGGUGCAGCGGGGGCUUUAUCUCCACAACAACUCUCUGAUCUGUGACUGCUCCAUGUACAGUGUGUUCUGGCAUUGGAAUCUGAGGGGUUAUGACUCACUGAGGGACUUUACGGAUGAGCACACCUGCUCCGUCUACGGGGACCAACGAGCAACUAUCCAGUUCCUGCAACACAACCGCUUCUUCCACAACUGCACCGUGGAGAAGGCCGUCUCGCAGCCCGUGAUCGUGCUCCUCUCCCAUGUGUUGAUUUCAGAGGGGGACAGGGUGCGUCUAGACUGCCAAACAUCCCUGGAUAGAGAUAGUACAAACCUCUCAUUUACAUGGCUGUCCCCCAGCAAGGGGUACAUCACCCAGACCAGCAUAAAUGACACGCUAAUUAGUCUGUUUCCUAAUGGUACCUUGGAGAUCCAAGCAGCCAAGGUCAAUGACUCAGGACUGUACGUGUGCACAGCUGUGGAUAUUAAACAGGGACUGAAUGCAACACGUGAGGUGAAUGUUAUGGUGCGGCUGCCUGCGGGAGAGAACUUCAACACUGGCUACACGACACUGCUGGGCUGUGUGGUGACCAUGUUCUUCAUCCUCAUAUACCUCUACCUGACUCCAUGUCGCUGCAGCUGCUGUAAACAGCCCAAACCUCCAGUAAUCCCAAAUGCAACCUAUGACCCCAGCACCCUUACGUCUGUUUUCUCCCACUCCACAGGAGACCACUACAAAAUCCAAACUAAUAAGCAUGUAGCGUUCCUGGAGCCGAUGCUAAGUGAAGAAGGAACAGAAUGGCCACCAGAGAGCUGAUUCUGAACAGGGUAGUUGUUCUUGCCAAUUAAUUUUUUGAGGAGAAGAGAGAAGACUUUGGGACAAUCCGCAGGAAUUAAGUGUUGAGAUGUUAUAAGAACUGAAUGUUAAUGCAGUGAAGAAAAGAAAGCAAUAUCUCCUGUUCCAAUUCUGCUCUUCUCUGUCAUCGAGCUCGAAAGACGAAAUGAAAGUUUCAACUUUGCUUUAUUACCCUCAGUGAACUGACACCGCUAAAUCAGAGGGGAGCCAUUAUCAGCCCUAAAAAUCUGUUAAUAACUUCUGUGAGCUCAGGUACAGUGGGGCGGGAUGUAUUUCUCGCGGGAUCAGUGGAUGAAACUGGCUCAUUUUUCACAGAAAUUGUUUAACAAGGAUUAAAAGCUCCGGAAAAUGCAUUAGGGUUAUGACUGUAAUGGACCGGAAGAAGUAAGCUCAGUCGAUUUAUCUUGGAUGACUUUGGGUGCUGUUUAAUUAGUUGCACCCCAGUAAACCAUAUCUCAAAAAAUAUAUACUGCUUUAACAUUGUGGGACACUCCUGAAAACAUUUCUUCCCUGUUUUCCUAAUAAAGUGAUCAGUCCCCUUAGAUCACUUAUUUUGGUUUUGAAGGCAGGUUCACGUUGGCAAAAAGCAUGACCCAGUAUCAUAUAGAGAAGAGGAAUUAAGAUACAAAAGAAAUGCAAUAUGAACGUGUCUGUGUGGAAGCUAUGGCUUUUAGUGAACUUUCAAAAAUCUUAUCUAGCAGAAAACAGAGGGGCAUCCCGCCGGGAUCCAUCAUACAUGUACAUAUCUCGCACAAACCUGUUACAUUAAUCUGGCAGCGAAAAACAAUGCCGCUUUAUCUUGGCUUGGCUUAUUUGGCAAACAGUGAAGAACAGAAAUCAGUGAGUGUCAACAAACCAGGAACACACAGCAAUUGGACUGCUCUUCAAAGACGCCAUCUCUUUGAUCAAACACAACGGAGCACUUUGAACACUGCGGAACAAACACACCGAGAAAUUUAAACUGAAGUGACAAAUACUACAAGCGGCACUGACGCGAAGCCCCUGGUGGCUCUUACUUUGUAUAGAUUUGUUAUGGUUCGAGCCCUGAGGGGGCAGAACCUUAUUGUUUUUGUGUCAAUUAGCGGUUGGUGAAGUAUUAUGCCGAAAAUGGCUAAAAAUGGUAAGCCUGAAGAAACAUGAAUUUUAGCCCAAUAACUGGAGAUGAUGCGCAUCUAUGUCCCGAGAAAUAUGCUCCAAGUCAGAAAGUGGGUCGCUCUAAUUGAGGCUCAAAAGUGUCAUAUUGGAAAGGCCCCUUCCCACACACCGUAAUUCCAAUGAAUUCUGAUACAAAACUGCAAAUCAAUAUUUUCAACAGAAAGUUCUCCGACAGCAAAGUCUGCCAUGAUGGAUUUUCUUUGCCAUUUUUUGUAGCAUAUUUUUAGGAUCUGCUCUCAAACCAGUAAACUGCUGCCACACUUUCAUUAGAUCAUCACUUCACGAUAAACGUGGCUUCUGGUUAAUAGUUUUUAAGAUAUUGACCAAUAAACUUCCCAAUGGAUUUAACACUUUACCUUUUGUCAAAAUAUCAUAAAUGUUAGUUCUCUUCAGUCUGUCUUUGGGAAUAGGCCGACCAAAGCAAUGCAGGAAUGGUUUUUAGGGGGUGCUAUAAAUGCCAAAAAUGUAUACUUCAAAACCUGGUGGACAGACCAGAUUUUGUGAAGAAGAUCUUGGGGCAAUAUUGAUUUGUGUAUGAUGGUUUGGCCUAUCAUGUAUUCGCUAAUAGUAUAAUGAACUCCCUGGAGACAUCUAGCACUAUCUCCUGAACCUACACACCUAGUUUCGUUCAAAUCCAAUGAAAGGGAACCAAUGGCAGAACUUUGAGUGUGCAAUUAUUGCAGUGCUGUAGGCUUCGUGAUGAUGAAAUAAGUGUGCGACUGUUUUUAUUCUUCCUUCAUAACAGAAUGAAGGUAGUUGAAAUGACUUUGUGAAGCCUGAAACCUGAUCGCUGCUGCCAGUGGCUUUCAUUUUGGUCAAUUGAGCUCCUUCUGUUUAGCGUUUUAUACCAGAAAUCACUGCUUGCAGCUACAUAUGAUUGCAGUGAGUGUAACAUGCUUCAAAUGACACAAUUGCUCAGUGCAACAACAGAGAUGCUU